AUGGCGCUGCCUCUUCCGCCAGGCCUGGUCCCUUCCGAGGUUGCCUUCCUCUGUGAGAUGGAGCUCGUGACGGUGCUUCCGCGGCAGCGCCUCGAGAGCAUUGACCUCCUCGCCGGCGCAUCACCGACGCUCCGCCCGCCCCAUCGAAGCAGCCUACCUCUCUGGCUUGCCCUCCUGCUCAAGAAGCAGCGCAGGGCCAACAUUGUCCCACCGCCAUGGCUCCACCCCGACUCUCUCCGCGAAAUCAUCUACCACGAGACAACGCUCGACCCCAAGGGCUGGUCUCCGCCGCCGCCACCUGCAACCCGUGCCGACGGCCUAGGCAACGUCAGGCGACUCGAUUCCAUGUCAGAUGAAAAGGUCGUCUUUUCCCCUCCCUUUCUGCCCUCUUGCACGGCCGACGCGCCCUCGGGGGCCUUGCCGUAUCACUGGCUCGAGCUUGGAGAGAUGCUCCUCGCCCAUGCGGCCGACGACGUCCACUCUUCAUCUGAGGUCCGCUCCUUGCUGCGCGACUUGCAGGAAGUCCGAGCCGCCAAGAUGCGCGCCAGCACAACCCAGCUCGAGACCGACGUCGAUGGCGUCAUGAGUCUGCGAGGCGUCGGCGCCAUGGAACUCGCCGAGAACCGGGGUUUCGUAACCGCCGUCGUCGAGGGCGUGCGCAAGAUUGGCGCAAGCGCAGAGGCAGCCCGUCGCGACGAGGAAGAGGAGCGUAAAGGCCAGGACUCCGACGAUGAACCGAGUGACGACGACAUGGGACUAUGA